UCCCUGGCUGCGGCUCCUCAGUCGGCGGCGGCUGCUGCUGCCUGUGGCCCGGGCGGCUGGGAGAAGCGGAGUGUUGGUGAGUGACGCGGCGGAGGUGUAGUUUGACGCGGUGUGUUACGUGGGGGAGAGAAUAAAACUCCAGCGAGAUCCGGGCCGCGAACGAAAGCAGUGACGGAGGAGCUUGUACCACCGGUAACUAAAUGACCAUGGAAUCUGGAGCAGAGAACCAGCAGAGUGGAGAUGCAGCUGUAACAGAAGCUGAAAGCCAGCAAAUGACAGUUCAAGCCCAGCCACAGAUUGCCACAUUAGCCCAGGUAUCUAUGCCAGCAGCUCAUGCAACAUCAUCUGCUCCCACCGUAACUUUAGUACAGCUGCCCAAUGGGCAGACAGUUCAAGUCCAUGGCGUUAUUCAGGCGGCCCAGCCAUCAGUUAUUCAGUCUCCACAAGUCCAGACAGUUCAGUCUUCCUGUAAGGACUUAAAAAGACUUUUCUCCGGAACUCAGAUUUCAACUAUUGCAGAAAGUGAAGAUUCACAAGAGUCCGUGGAUAGUGUAACUGAUUCCCAAAAACGAAGAGAAAUUCUUUCAAGGAGGCCUUCCUACAGGAAAAUUUUGAAUGACUUAUCUUCAGAUGCACCAGGAGUGCCAAGGAUUGAAGAAGAGAAGUCUGAAGAGGAGACUUCAGCGCCUGCCAUCACCACUGUAACGGUGCCAACUCCAAUUUACCAAACUAGCAGCGGACAGUAUAUUGCCAUUACCCAGGGAGGAGCAAUACAACUGGCUAACAAUGGUACCGAUGGGGUACAGGGCCUGCAAACAUUAACCAUGACCAAUGCAGCCGCCACUCAGCCGGGUACUACCAUCCUACAGUACGCACAGACCACGGAUGGACAGCAGAUCUUAGUGCCCAGCAACCAAGUCGUCGUUCAAGCUGCCUCUGGAGAUGUACAGACAUACCAGAUUCGCACAGCACCCACUAGCACCAUCGCCCCUGGAGUUGUUAUGGCAUCCUCCCCAGCACUUCCUACACAGCCUGCUGAAGAAGCAGCACGAAAGAGAGAGGUUCGCCUAAUGAAGAACAGGGAAGCAGCACGAGAGUGUCGUAGAAAGAAGAAAGAAUAUGUGAAAUGUUUAGAAAACAGAGUGGCAGUGCUUGAAAACCAAAAUAAGACACUCAUUGAGGAGCUAAAAGCACUUAAGGACCUUUACUGCCACAAAUCAGAUUAAUUUGGGAUUUAAAUUUCACCUGUUAACGGUGGAAAAGGACUGGCUUGGCCACAACCAGAAAGACGAAAUAAACAUUUUAUUUUCUAAACAUUUCUUUUUUUCUAUUCGCAAAACUGCCUGAAAGCAACUACAGAAUUUCAUUCAUUUGUGCUUUUGCAUUAAACUGUGAAUGUUCCAACACCUGCCUCCACUUCUCCCCUCAAGAAAUUUUCAGCACCAGGAAUCAUGAAGAGACUUCUGUUUUUCAUCCCCCUCCCUCUUCAAGGAGUAAUAAUUUGUUUACUUGUAAAUUGAUGGGGGAAAUGAGGAAAAGAAAAUCUUUUUUAAAAUGAUUUCAAGGUUUGUGCUGAGCUCCUUGAUUGCCUUAGGGACAGAAUUACCCCAGCCUCUUGAGCUGAAGUAAUGUGUGGGCCUCAUGCAUAAAGUAAGUAAGGUGCAAUGAAGAAGUGUUGAUUGCCAAAUUGACAUGUUUUCACAUUUUCAUUGUGAAUUAUGUAAAAUUGUUAAGAGAUAUACCCUCUAAAAAAGAAUUUUAGUAUGGUGUUGAAGAAAUUAAGAAUGAAUUCGGAGUGCUUUCUAUGUACAUUCUCUUCUUCAAUACUGAAAACUUGUCCUUGAUUCUUAAAAACGUUCUGUAUUAACUACAGCUCUUCCGUAGGGCAGUUGUUGCUUCUUAACUCAGUUCUGUAUGUGUUCAGCAUUUUUGAAUACAUUAAAAGAAGUAACCAACUGAAUGAAAAAGCAUGGUAUUUGAAUUUUAAAUUGAAGUAAAAGUACAAAGCUUGUUUUAGUUAGUACCAAAUUCUAAUUAGUAAAAAGAUGCUCAUUAGUAAACCAGCCCCUUGAGUUAUAUGACCAGGUUUUUAAAUAAAUGUUUUUGUCAUCGCCUUCAAAAAAUAUUUAUGUCACUCAUUUACUUAAAGAUACUUCUAAUUAAACUGUUCCCAUUUGCACUUACAGUAUACCACCAACAGGAAAGCCUUCAAGAUGUUAAAUAAAACAAAAUGAUUAUAUUUGUUUAUAAAAUGUUAUGUGUUGUAGAAAAAUACUGAUUUGAAAUCUUUUCCAUAUUAACAUACUUUAACAGAGUAUCUCUAGUGAAUUUUUUAAUAAAAAGUUGUAUAGUUAUAAAAAGUACAGGAUUAGAUGUACACAAGGAAAGUUAUUUUCUUCAGAGAUAUUUGAAUGACUGCUGUACUACAAUAUUUGGAUUGUCAUUGUUGCAAAACAUAUUUUUGGUUUGUUUUCUCCUAAAAAGGACAGUUUUGCUUUAGCUUUCCGAUAUACUAUAUAGCCUUUGUCGUUCUACAAAGGAGCUACCUGUUUGAACCCCUGACUAUAACAGUCUGUAUUUAUAUGUAUCAUACAUUGUUUCCAGUACUACUUCUAAUUAUUAAUUACUCACUCACUAAGCUUGAUAAAUCUAAAAGUUACCCUUUAAGAGAAAAAUAGGACUAAGGUGGAUUUUAAAAAUUGGAGACUGACAUAAUGUUAGAUAUAAUUUCUCAUUUAAGAAGGUUAUUCCUUUUAAAAGAAGAUUAUAGAAAGUUGAUGUUUUAUAUUUAGUCUUGAGGGCUUUUUUUUAAACAUUAAGUUUAUUAAUAUGUUAACAAAAUAUGCAUUUGGGUGUUAUCAGGUCCAUUUUGAAAAAUAAGGCUUUUAAUUAAUACUUGUAUAUGGUAUAUUUUUGUUUGUAACAAACCAUUGUCUUUUUUCAAGGAUGAACAGAGUUUAUGAAGGAGCAUCAUUCUAAGAAUUGAGUGAUGUAGUCUUAUAUUUGGACAAUUCACCAGAUUCUCAAGAAGGCUUUCAAACGACUGUAAAGUUUGAUGUUUAUCCUGCUGAGCUAAUGGGGAAAGUUGUAGCAUAAAAAUUAUUUGUAUAUCAGCAUAGAUCUGUCAUUUUCCAAAACUUCAACAGAAACUAAGCAAAAUCACAAAUCUGUUCACAAACUAGAAUUCUUAAUGAGUCGAAAUGUUUUGAAUGUCAUAAACUUUAUAAAUGAAAAUUGCCUAGGCUUUAGCAAGUUGUUAUUCUCUAAACCGUUUUCCAAAAGUUGAGGCAUUCUGUUUAAUUAGAAAUUUGGUGGUCCUCUUAGUCCCUGAUAAAUCAAGGCAGUCACACCCGUAUGAGCUGGUUGAAUUUAUAAGUUUUUAUAAAUACCAGGUCCGUUGUACCUUGAGGAUGAUUGCACUGGUUUGAAGUCAAUUACUUCAUGGUGAGGUAAGAAAUGUAUUCUGUUGCUAAAUCUGUUUUAGACCCUUAAAGAGACUUGAAGAUAUUUCAGUUUAUACAGAUAAGCAUCUUUUAUGCAACUUUUUUUUUUAACAAGAAUUGGAAAAAAGGUGUUUGUUUUUAAGCAUGCAACGUUGAAAAUCUUUAUUAAGAAAAUGACAUAAUAAAAAAAAAAAAUCUUGUAGCCAAGAACAUAUAUGGGCCACAUUACCAGUAAUGUUUUUUCAUAUUGGCCAAAAGGGAAUGAAAACAUCAUAGGAAUCUGUACAUAUGCUACUGAUUUGCCUAGAAAAUAGCAAGUUUGAUAUCGCUUACUUUGCAAAUAUAGGGCCAUGUGGCACUUUUAUCUAUAGGACAGAUUAACUCUAAUAAAAAUGAAGUGGGAGGGGUUUAUUUUUGAUAUAUUACUCUCAUGAGUUUUCAAGCUUUGAUAGUGUUUAACUGAAAAGUGGUUUAGAAAGGGCUAGAUCCAAUGUGUUCACAUUAUUAAAAAAUUGAUAUCAGAUAUAAUUUUAAUUUCAUUCUUUUCAAACUCAAGUACCAUAUUGGCAACCAUCAUAUUGUCAUAGGUGCUCUGUUCAUUUAGAUACUAUUGGGGGGGGAAUGGCAUUUGUAUAAUAUAUGUGUAAAUAUAUAUAAAUACAUACAGUAUAUAAUCUGAAGCUCUGAGAGCUCUUAAGUCAGGAAUGCUGAGUAUUAUAGUAUAUUGAGGUCAGAUGAAAUUUUACAUUUUUGUGUGUUCUAUUGCAUCCCUUUUGGUAGUUUCUUGGACUGCAUUACUUCAGCACUCAUGAUUGAUUUUUGUCUUCUAAUUUUCUUCCAAGUUUUUCCUUUUUUUUUUUUUUUUUUUUUAAUUGUUAGUUUUCUUUGGCUGGAUACUUUUACAUAUGUUACUAGUCACUUGAAAACUCCCCCGCCCCCCCCCCCAAGUAUUUGAUUUUUAUGCUUUGUCUCUGGCAGCUAUAACAGUGGUAACAACAUUUUGAAGAUAGCUUCUAAAAGGUACCACUGAUUUUUCAAAACUCAUCCUGGGGGAGGAAUUUUGGUGUUUUCAUUUGAGCAGGGAUUUUGUCAGAAAAUGUGUUUUUGAUGGUAGGUCAGCGGCAGCGCUAGUGUCUGAAAGCACACACCAGUGGGGCAGGCUGUGUGAUCAGAGGUCAUCUGGCUGAAGUUUCUCUCGGUCUCUCAGGCCUCAUCCCUACUGUCAUUUUGACCAUAUGGGGUGACAUGUGGAAUCAUACAAAGGCUUAGGAAGAAACAACAAGUUUGUUUAAACCAGGAUGCUUUUACUUGAAGUGACUUCAAUCUAGAUUUCUUCUUUACAUUUUCAAAAUGUACCUAAUUUUGUCAUCUGCUACAGUCAGCUACUAGCAUAAAUUGGUCUCUUUAUUUUGAAGAUCAAAAAGGCUGCUUCAUUUUGCAGGAUUAAAUAAGACUAAUAUGGUAAAGUUAAUUAAAGUGGGUUUU